UUUUUUUUUUUUAUGGCAAAACCAAUCGAUAGGCAUUUUCCGCAACCCGCAAUUCUCUGAAGUUAGCCGGAGACGCUAUGGAAGACCAGUCCCGUGGGUCUCUGAGAAAAUUGGCGAAAGCGAGAGCGGGUUUUAUCACCGAGAUCGAUGAUUUAGGAGAUGAUCUUAUGCAAAACAUCCUCAGCCGGCUGCCGGCGUUAUACUUCGCCUGGGCGGCGUGUGUUAGCCGCUCCUGGAACGCCCUCUGCAACCGCAUCCUCUCUUCUCCGAAGCUCUCCUCCGCCGUCUCUUUUAACUCUUCUCUGGAGAAUGCUGUGAAUGAGGUUAUGGACAAGGUUUUAUCAGAACCCAUUCGCCCUCAUUUUGCACUGGCUUCAAUUGGCCCCCAUUUUAGCUUACAAUCAGCUCUGGAACUGAUUGAUGCAAAACUUGGUUCCAGUAUUCCUGUAAUUGUCAAUGUGUCAGAGGGAAUCAUAGGCAAGGAUGCACACACAGAGCAGUUUGUUGAGGUACUAUGGGAAGUAACUGAGGAGCAGGAAGGGCAACCACCAGAAGAGACUAACAGGGGAAUUAUACUAACGGUUGGAUUUUUACCAGGGUUAAAGGCCCUUAUAGUCCCUUUGCUGUGCAGAAAGAAGGUAAAAAGCUACAAUGGCCUAUCGUUAGUUGUUAUAAGGUGCACACAGGAACAGGGACCUCAAGGUCAUCUCAUUGAUGAUUUUGUAAUGAGUAUCCGAGAAGUUGCAUCUGCAGUUUCAGAUUCAGCAGUUCCUGCCGGAGUCAUACUGUUUGCGGAUCGGAAAGCAAAUGUCAAACUCAUUCUUCAAAAGAUUGACUAUGCGUUCCCUGAGGACACCUUCGUUGUGGGUGAUGGAGGCAGUCCCUUCUUAUAUCGAUGUCAUAGAAGAAGCGAUAACACUAGUUUGCCUGAUUCAAUUUGUGCGGCAGUUUCCCUAGUAUUUGCACGGGAUAGGAACAAGCCUUUAGGUGUUGGGGAAACUCAAUUUCAUACCAUGUUCUCAGCUGGCAUAUCACCUGUUGGAAACACUUACAAGGCAGUUUGUGCUAAAUGUAUUAAAAGUUCAACUUGGCUCACAGCAUCUAGAGAAACAGUUCGUAACCCUCUUGAUGGCCAAGCUAUAUUAGAUGAAAUCUAUGACGAGCUUGGAGAUCGUAUUCAGUAUCCUGCUUUCUACAUUGGAGUAACAAAAAGAAGAAAAUGCUCAGUUCGCAUGGAAAGAGUAAGACAGAUGCAAUUCCUUGAAUUCCAUGAGGUUCUGGGAGGUGACGAAGAGUAUCUGUUUGCUAAUUCUGUUGGCAUAACAACCACCGACCCCUUCCGUUUCUACAUCUCAGACUCAAAACUUGCUCUUUCAUCUUGCAAUAAGGUUGGUGAUGAGCUCCGUGAGCUAAAGAUGGAUUGUGAAAAGAGACGAGUCUUUGGUGGCAUUAUAUUCUCUUGCUGUGGUCGAGGUGAGUCCUUUUUCAGAAGUGCGGGUGUCGAUAGCGCCCCUUUCAUAAGCAACUUCCCAGGAGUUGCUUUCGGAGGAAGUUACUGUGCUGGGGAAAUUGGACGUGCGAAAUCGAGCUUGUAUGGUGGAGACAGUGAAGUUUCAUGCAGUGAACAUGUAUAUAGUGCCAUUUAUCUAGUUAUGUCUUACUGUCCCCCGCCUCAACUGGAGUAGCACAUUUUAUUAUUAUCAACCUCUCUUUUUGCUUGGAAGUGAUGGGGAAAGAGUUAUCGAGUUUUUGAGAUUUCUGAUGAUGAGUAUAAAUGGUUUGUAGAAAUGUACUUGACGUGAACAUAUACAUUAAUAUGGUCAGUAUAAAUGGUAUGUAAACAAUAUUGGUUCUGGGGAGGUCAUGUUUGCUUAUUGUUUUUGUUACUUUAUUUUGAUCCUGCAAUAUUAUCAUCUUAUUCCCCAGUCUCCAGGAAAAGCGCACACUUUGUUCUUCAUUCUCACUCCA